UCCUCUCUCAAAAAAAAAAAGCCCUCCUCGCUCGUCUUCCUCCUCGCGCACGACUGGAUUCCAGUAGCGCAGGCGCCGCCGCCGGCGGUUGAUCUCCCAUUCGGUUCUCUCGCUCCCGACCGUUUCUCCUCCCAUCACCCCACGGACCGAUUCUGCCCUUUAGUUCCCCGUUUCAUCUCCUUAAUCUUCCCCAAUUCGUAACUGAGGCAAAAAUCAAGGGUUCAGUUCAAGGCUCGCAAAAAUGGGUUGGGGGAUAUCGCGGUUGAUUGGUCUGAAGGCGGUUGUCUUGCUCUCUGCGGCGUAUUUCGUUCAUGGACUAGGCAUGAGAGUGCUCUCUUUGCCCCUCAUAUACGCCUGUAUGAUUGCGCUGCUUAUUUCCAUUGCUUCCCAUCCAUCGGUGGACCUCCCGUUGCUCCUCGGCAAGGCGUCCAAUGGAAGCUUUCCCCUGUGGUCGUGGAUCAUGUUCUCACCUUUUCUUCUUUUCAUCCAUCUGUUUGUGCUGUUACGGAGGUUUGCGAAAAAUGAGCCCUUGUACACUGAGAUAGCAGAUGGAGUGUAUGUUGGAGGCUGGCCUUCUUCAGUUGAACUCCUGCCGCCUGGUGACCCUGCAGUCAUUGAUUGCACGUGUGAGCUUCCACGAAGCUCAACCAUAUCUGAGAAUUCAUAUUUGUGUGUCGCUACAUGGGAUACAAGGGCACCUCAACCAUCACAGAUUGAGUCAGCUGUGCGAUGGGCGGUGAGAAAGCGGUCACAGAACAAACCUGUGUAUGUCCAUUGUGCCUAUGGCCAUGGAAGAAGCGUCUGUGUGAUGUGUGCACUUCUUGUCGCACUGGGAUUAGCUGAUGAUUGGAAAUCUGCUGAGCAAAUGAUCCGUGAGAAGAGACCUUCUAUUAGCAUGAACACUCUUCAUCGCAAAAGCUUAGAGGAAUGGUCAAAACACUUGCUUUCUCCCUCAAAAAGAAGCGGGGAAUCUGAUCUUUCGAGUUAAGGGGAUCAAAUUCAGAUCUGGAUGAUUGGAGCGAUCUGCAACUGAUGGAAGUCUUACACCUGACAUUAAUUCCAACUAGAUCCUAUGAUUUGAGUUCUGGGUCCCUGAUCUGAUAUCAAUGGAACAUCCACAGAGCUGAUUUUCUUUCACUCAAUAGGCUUGAACAAGUAGCUUCCGAUUUGUUGUUUUGGAUAAUGUUAGAUUCCUUAUACUAUUUCUACAUGCUUUGCUUAACAUUGCUCUUCAUGGUUUCCUUUACCCUUUUAGUCAAGAAUUGGGGCUUCAGACAUUCCUUCUA